AUGACUCCGGCCGAGGUGAGGCCGCUGGCGACGGGUUCGGUCCUGAGCGUGGCUUCCUGCCUCAUCGUGGGCACCAACCUCCUGGUGGCCGCCGGCCUCCUGCGCCUCCUGGCCAAGCGGCGCAGCCAGAGCCGGUGCUUCGUCCUCAACCUGGCACUGGCCGACACCCUGGUGGGCUUGGCCGUCACCGGCCUGGCCACCGAGGACUUCGGUACCGACGUCGCCUCCGCGGACUACCGCUACGUCCGUCAAGGUUCCAGAAACUUGACAUCUCCCGCUCCUGGAAAGAGCCGUUGUUUGAUGCGGAUGGCCUUUGUGAUUUCGCCCUGCACGGCGUCUAUUUUGUCCAUGUUUCUGAUCUCGUUGGACCGCUAUGCAGCCAUCAAAGUGCCCCUGAGGUACUCCAGUUUCUCUGGAAAGGGGUCAGCGGCCGGGUCCCUGGUGGCUCUUUGGGCUUGUUCGCUCCUCGUGGGAUUCUCACCAGUGAUGAUCCGCCAGCUGCAAGCGGACGACUUCGGUGGCCUGUGCGCCUUCUUCUCCGUCAUCUGCCCGUCGGGCAUCAUCGUCCUGUUCAGCGUGUGCUUCUUUCCCGUCCUCUCUGCGUUCGUCUACAUCUACAUGGACAUCCUGAAGAUUGCCCGCGGCCACCAACGGCAGAUCUUCCGCAUCGGCCGUGCGGGCUCUCGGACCACCGACGCCCACCGGGACCCUCCUCGGUGGCCUCGAGCGAGGAGCCGGCGACAAAGCCACGUCAAGGCCCUGAGGACGGUGGCCCUGCUGGUGGGCUGCUUCCUGACCCUGUGGUGCCCCUUUUUCUUGGUGAGCAUCGUGCAGCUGCUGUGUAAAAGCUGCCGGCUCAUCGCGGUGUUGGAGAACCACCUGUGGCUUCUGGGCAUGUCCAACUCUCUCAUCAAUCCGCUGGUGUACGCCUGUCGGCAGAGGGAGGUGAGGACGGAGAUUGCCGACAUGUUUGCGUGCUUGGCGGGAAGGGGGUCGGCUCCCGGACCCGUCUUGGAGGUUUGGGACCUUCGGUCGCACGCGCAGACUUGA